AGUGCCUCUGACUCUGAAUUUUGAAAUCUUCCGCAGCAAGCAAAAACUUGGAACGAAAGUUUCUCUCAAUAUAAAGCAGCGACCCCCACCAACCCAUCCUAAGGAGGCGAAAAGGUCUCUCCAGCUUCUUGGGGUUCUGCUCACCUGAAAAUCGACAAUCAACAGCUUUACUCCGCCAUGAUUGACGGUGAGGAGCAUCGUCUCGGUGACCGGCAUUCAGCACCAGUUCUAGAUCUCGAUCGUCUAAAAGCUGUCUCCGCGCUGGGGCGCGGAGCCAAGGGAGUGGUGUUUCUCGCCAGAGAUGAAGAGGUUGGCGAGGUUUUAGCUUUAAAGGUUAUAUUGAGAGAUUCGACUGAGAAGAAGAGUAAGGAGAACAAGAGAGUUUUCUUCGAGCGACAGGUUUUGAGUAGCCUCAAUCAUCCUCUUCUGCCGCGAUUGCGUGGAGUUUUGGUUACUGAGAAGGUCGUUGGUUAUGCCAUCGAUUACUGUCCAGGACGGGAUCUUCAUUCCUUGAGGAAGAAACAGACCGAAGAAAUGUUCUCCGAUGAUAUUAUUAGAUUUUAUGCUGCUGAAUUGGUUCUGGCUUUGGAAUAUCUACACAAUUUAGGCAUAGUCUACAGAGAUUUGAAGCCGGACAACAUCAUGAUCCAAGAAAAUGGCCACAUAAUGCUCGUUGAUUUCGAUCUCUCCGCGAAACUACCACCAAGAUCACCUCAAUCAUCUCCAUCUCCCACUUCCAUUGCUAAAAAACCGAAAUCAGCGAGCAAGAAACGGAACUCUCCAUUCAGCAAAUGGUGCAACUCGGGGAUCACGCCGGAAGACUCGGAUCUCAGCAUCAUGCCAGCACAAUCCGAGUCAGACUCAACAGAGAAAUCCAACUCUUUUGUAGGGACAGAGGAGUACGUCGCACCAGAAGUCCUAUUGGGAAACGGCCACGAUUUCGCAGUCGACUGGUGGUCCCUCGGGGUCGUCCUUUACGAAAUGCUGUACGGCAGAACGCCAUUCAGGGGAUCUAACCGAAAGGAAACCUUCUACCGAAUUCUCGCCAAAUCGCCGGAGCUCGUGGGCGAAGCGACGUUGUUGCGAGACCUAAUCAGAAAAUUACUAGAAAAGGACCCAAAGCAGAGAAUCGCACUGGAGGAAAUCAAAGGGCACAGAUUCUUCAGCGGGAUUGAUUGGGAGAUGGUUCUGCAGAUGGCGAGACCACCGUACAUUCCUGCGGAGUCCGAGGAUCCGAUGCCGGGUGAGGGUAUUGAUGGAAUUAAAAAAAUCGAUGUGGAAUUCUUUGUCCAAGACAUAUUCUCAAAGGAUGAUGACGACGAAAAUGAGAACCAUGAUAGGGAAAAUAAUAAUCGUAGUAAGAAUAUGGAGAAAGGGGUGUGGGUGGAAGGGAAGAAGAAUCCCCUUUCUUUUGAAGCUGAUAAAUUUUCCGUUUUCUAGCUUACAAAAUUUUUUAAUUUUUUUAACAUCUCUGAAAUGGAGAUGAUCUUGAUUUACCCUUUUCCCUUUUUGAGGGGGAAUUGGAUUUUAACGCCUCUUAUUAGUUGAGGUUAGUAGAUAUUUAGUUAAUGCAUAAAUUACUUGUUAUAUUUAUUAUUAAAACAUUUAUUUGUUA